UCUUGAAACGGAAGAAAUCUAGACAUGCCGAAUGUUAUAGACUUGCAUGUGUAUGUUGGGCAUAUGAUCCAGUAUGGGUGUGACAAGCCAAGAAUGAAAAAGUAGGCAAGUUCGCCUUGAAGGCGCAUCUCCGUCAAAACACAACGCACUUCUAUACAAGGCUCAGUUACUUAGGGGAGGCAACUCUUACUGCUUACAUUUGACACUGGUGGAGUAAAGUGAGGGUCAACUUCCGGAAUAGAAGAUAAACGAAUCAAACCAGCAUGAGCGCCAGUCUGUUUGGAUAUCGAAUAGGUUCAGUUAUCUGUCGAAGAAUUUUUGGGUCGACAAAACUCCAAGGAUACCAUGCGUGUGCUGUAAGAAGGAUUGUUUACGAGUACCCCCUGUCUGCAUACACACAUUGAGUGAUGUGAGGAGUGCAGCAGCAGCACCAGGCAGGCACUGUUUACAUACUACCAGCCUCACCAGCUUUUCUACAGAGGGGAGCAGCCAGUGGAGGGAUGACAGAGAGGGAGUAUGAAGCAUUGGCGGACGAUACGCUGGACUCUCUGGCAGAAUACUUCGAGGAUCUGGGUGACAUCGCUGACUGCCACCAAGACUAUGAUGCCUCUUUGGCGAGUGGAGUGUUGACGCUGGUACUAGGUGGUGACCUGGGAACGUAUGUCAUCAACAAACAGACGCCAAACAAACAGCUAUGGCUCUCUUCACCUGUGAGUGGCCCAAAGCGGUAUGACUUCUGUGAUGCACGGUGGAUCUACAAGCGGGAUGGAGUUACACUACACCAGCUGUUGAUGAUGGAGCUGCAGCCUCAAUUCAAACAUCAAAUCAACCUUUCUCAGUGCAUAUACAGUGGACUAACCAAGUCGUGAACACAUCCCCAAGUACCUGAGUAUUACUGUGGUUCCUGCCCCUCUACAUCAACACUAACACCGACCUGAUGGGGACAGGUGGAAUCAACAUCAAGCUACCUUCUACCGUGCAGGAAAAUCAAAGAUGCUUGUACAUGAUGUCAAUUUCUCCACUGAUGCGUGUUUGAUGAUAUUGUGAAUUCUUGGUGAUUUUGAUGACCUUUGCAAGGGGUUACCUGUAUGAAAGAUAAUUACAUGCAAUGGUAUGAAAACGAAUAUGUUCACAAGAUUUCAGGGUUGGUGGUUGUGUAUCAUUGUGGUUGUUGGAUCUCAUUGCCCCGAGGAUGUACAUUCAUUGUACUGCUCUGUCGGACAGACUGUGUGAAUCCCAUUGCAUUCCUUCCUGUUAGUUUUCCAACUGUUGUCUCCUUCACUGUCCUCAUAUUCAUCAGCAUAAUGUUGUUGAGAUAUGUAUUUUGAAAUAUUUUGGUUGUAUUAGUAGGUGGGAGAUGUUUUGUUAUUUUCCUCUGUUAUGCCACACACUGCAUCAGCUGGCUUGUAAGGCUGUGCUAUACAGCGUGACCUACUGGCUCAUAUGUACAUGUGGCUGAUGCAGCCACUGAUUUGUUUCUGUGCAGACAGGUUAUAUACAUGAUGUUGGAGUGCUACGUAUUUGAUGACACUUAGCAGAAUUGAGAAGACGUUGAGUAGUCAUAUAUAUAUCCGAAUUUAAGAGAGCAUUAUUCAUUUUGAGAAUAACUGUUAUCUUCAGAUACUAUGCAGAUGUUGUGCUAACCAUCUGAUGGAGCAAUACUUACACACAUCAACAGGUUGUUAGUACUGUAUAGAUUUGACCCAUCCCAAACUGGAGCAGGGGAUACAGCUUUGUACCCUUCAGCUAGACUUCUGUAGGCACAACAUUUCACGAU